AUGAGCACCUCUACUAACAGUCAGGCUCUGGUUGCGGCCUUUGCAUUUGGCCUCGUUGUCCACGCUGCGGCUUCAACCGUUCCGAUCGUUUACAAAGGUUGUUCGAAUAUUCUUCGAGAUGGACCGAGGCUGGCCCUCAUUACGUUCCUUAUUUCUUCUGCCCUGUGGGCUCAACUUGACUUUACUUCUUUUAUGAUUAAUGCCGCCUCGACGGGUUGCCAGGUCACCAUCACCUUUGCUUCCAUCUUUGACCAGUUUGCUCGGGUAUCUCUACAGCAAAGCCUGAUUUGGACUUUGAACAAGUCUACAAAGGGGUCGGGGGUGGAUGCAUUGGCCUCCCAAGGUUUCGUCCUGGUGCGACUCAUUCUGGGAGGUGUAUUUGUCGGCUUUCAGCGACCACAACUUGGCGACAUCUGUCUGGCGCGUACAUCAGUCUUGCCGAUUGGCGUCGUGGUUUCCGCUGUUGACCUCGUCUUUGUGGCUGCUCUUUUGACAAGAGUCAUUUCUCAUGGCAACUCUUGGGAGGGAGUUGUCAGUGGCCGAGCUGCUCUUUUCAUUACUGUGGGCUUGGGUAUUUGGACAGCAGCGAGUGUCCCUCUCAUGCUAGGCAUCGAGACAUUGCCUGUGGUUGUCCGAACUGUAAUCCCAGCAACUGGCCUCUCGAUUCUGAUCGGUAGGUUAUUCUUCCUACUGACGAACCAUGCUUACCCUUUAGCCAUCAUCGCUCACUUCCAGGGCCGUUUUGCGAAAUCUGAACACCCGACCGAACCAGCCUUCGAUGCGUACCGACAUUUGCAGAGCCGAGGAAUAUCGACCGCCGACUCAUACCAUCCGACUCAACAUGAAGAGGUUAGGAGGGAAGUUUGGGAGGAGCCCAAGAGGAUCCCGCGUGCGAUGACAACUCUCAACAAGGAGCUUCCAGUAAUCUCGAUGCCAGCUGCCGGACAAGCAACUCUUGGGAUGGGCGGAGUUCCAGUGCAAGGCCAACUAUUCCCACCGCCUCGAGCCCAGACGCUACCGUUGUCUAUCGAAAUGAAGAGCUUGGAAAAGAGACCCCGGCAGGACACGAAGCUGGUCAUAUCGAAUCCCAUUCUGCGACAAGACCAUAACCCGCUUUCCAAGAUUGCGACGGUGGACUUGGCGGUCGCGCAAAAGGAAAGAAAGAGACAGGAAGCAUUGUUGGUGGCAGUUUCAGAUACCGAAUCCUCCUAUGCUCCCACGUCGAAACCCACAUCGAUUGCGACUACGACGUCGGCGCUUUUAUCUCCAGGGGUAGAAGAGGUUCGACGACGAUCCCCAAGGCAGCCAUCGACACCGAAUCUGUCUAAUCUCAAGCCCCCGCCUCGACAUUUGCCGUAUCCCUCCCGGGCCACGCGAGAGACCGUGGUUAACUUUUCACUGCCGGUCGAUGCACAGAAGCCAGCCACACGCACGCCAAGAGCCGAAACGAAAUCAGCACCGCCUAUCAAGCCAAAAGAUAGAGAUAUAGGAGAAUUGCCAAGGAUUACUUCGGUAGUUCAUCGACCAAGGCCAAUACCAAGGAAACCAAAUGUCGAUCGCCCUAUCUUUCCAGCAGAAGGGACCCCAGAUCAACACCGCAAGCGAUCACUCUCCUGCAGCUCCAUCCUCAAGCUCGAGACACCGCCACCAAUUCCCACCGAUCCUCGGCUAAGCGAGUUUGCUAAUUUGCUAGGGAGUGGACACUCCAAGGCGACAGGUACGAGAAGGCGGUCUAUGUCUGUUCCUGAGCUUCCAAUCUUGAGUCUGGCUUCAAGCCCGGCAAAGGUCCAGCCUGUGACGCGUCCUGAAAGCCCUGCCCAGUCGACCCAUUCCAUCUCGCCUUCGGAUGAAUCAAUCCCAACGCCAUCGUCCUUGCGCAAGAGGGGAUACGAGCGAAGGUCCUCGCCUGUUCUUCCGGCCGAAGGGUUUGACAGGCUCUCUCCUGGGUCCACGAUCGCAGACGAUGACUCUUUUCUCAACUGGGAUAUUGCUCCCACGCACGUGCAAGAGGCAGGUGCGGUUAAAUCGACUAAAAUCCAGCGGGCCGGGCUCGGAGUUGCGGGGACCCCAUCGUUGAGCGAGGCUCACGGUCCCCUGCACGAGCCAGCUAAACAAGGCACCGGACUUGCAUCGGACUUGCAAGGUGCCGAGGAUUUGAACUCCGAGCGGACACGUCAAGUGGGGGAAGCUCGGCCAACAUUCUCAGACAGGGGGCGCUCAGUCAAGCUGCAUCGGAGUCCUCCGCCUGCUCCUCUGCUGCUCCGCAACAGCAGGGUGCAGGCUGAACCAUCGCCAGAUUCUGAGGAUGAGCUGGAAAUGGCUUUAGCCAGGUCUGGCAGCAAUGUCAACCCCGCGGAGCUGGCAGGGGCUUUUUCAGGUGACGAGAGGGCGACUUUGCUGGCCAAUCUGGAGCUGGAAUUGAACGAGCAGGAGAACCAAUGGCAAGCAAUUCGGCACACAAUGCUCCGAGAUUCCCUGUCGACUGUGUCUAUGGGAUCACCCAGGCGCGACUCGCGACACGGGCAGCCGUUUCGACGAACGCAAUUGGAAGCAGAAAACGAUCUGCAGUCGCUGCUAUCACAGACUGGCUUCAGAUCAAAGUUGGCAAGCUCAUCCUUCCCCGGAUUGUCUAGUCCUACUCCUCCAGACACAGAAUCUGAGCACGAAUACGACGAGGAAUCUGAGGUCCUGGUUGGUCAGAUGGAGAAUGAUGCCAAGGCGGCGAAGGCGCUGUGGCGCCCCAUCACUCCUGUAGCUUCUGCGCCUAGUGCACCAUCCCUCUGGACCCCUGCCUCCAAGGCAGCAGACAUGGCGCCAGAGGAAAUUCCAGACACUAUCAGACGAGAGAAGAGGUAUCUGGAACCUCUGACGAUUGAGAGCAACAGGCUGUGGGAGGCAUCACGAUCACCAGAGCGCCAGGUUGCGAGUCAAGGGCUCUGGCGAGCAGACAAGACCCAAGUGGUGGAAGUCAAAGUCCAGCACUCAGCUCCUCCCCGGCAGCCCCCACGGCGGAUCAAACGUGUCACACUCCUCCCAGACAUACUGGAGAAUCCGGAGCCACUCCCUGAUAGGCGCGGGACACUUGGGAUAUUCCAAUUCCCAUGGGGUGAGAGGUCUGACAGGGCAACGAUGCCAGCGAUGCCAACUCGAGGGAUGUCUGGGUUGACAAUCGGCGCCAUGCCUGGGACAAUGGCCAGCAGAGGGUCACAGUCACAGUCACACAUGCAGAGGAGCGUGGAAUUCUCUGACAGCGAAACGUACGACGACUCGUCCUCGUACUACGACAGCGACGAAGAAGGGUUUGACGAAACAACUCUUUGGGAAAUUGUCAGCCUUCUGGAACCUGCGGAGCGGACAAGUGAAUCCACGACCGGGCCCCACUAUGGUAAAUCCGGGCUUCACUCCGAGCAAAAGCAAGAAGCGGCACAUGGGCGUGCAGAACAGGUUGCAGAUGAAGACGCAAACUCGGCCAAAUUUUCAGACAACGGCAACAACAAAGGGCAAGCCCCAACUAAUAUCUCUUCGUCACACGCAGACUCACCCCCAAAGACACCUGCAGGGCCCGACCAGGACCAGAUUAGCCAGCGGAAAAGCCCCCACCCACCAAUGACGCUGGCGGACAUGGAUCUCCGGGAGCGAGUCAACGGAAAAGAGCGAGAGGACGAGGGGCAGAGCCAGGGCAGGGACCACAACAAGGUCCAAAACCAGGGUCCGGCAAAAAUUGAUGCGCAUCUGAUUGCGUUUGGUGCGAGCUCGGCACCCGAUGCCGCCAUGGGGACCCCUCCGAAGCCCGAGCCUCCAGUUGCUUCAAUAAGCAAAAACCCGCCUGAGCGAUCAAUAAGCAGCGCGCCCGUGCCUCGACCCUUGUCUGGCGCUCCAAUCAAUGACGACAGCACCACUCAUGAGACACACCCGCCGAACUGCCCGCCGAGUCCGCUAAGUCCGCCGCCCUCCAUAUACAAAGCCGACGCGCCGACGCAAAUCUCAACAGUCCAUCAGCAAUCUACUAGCAUUUUUGGCAUGGCUUUGUGGUCUCCUAGCCCUAUCGUUCACAGCCCCACCAAGGGACUCGCCCAGCCAGACGAAGCUACCUGGAAGAAAUAUCUACCUACCGACGACACUGCUCGCGUUCUCCCUGCAAAGGCCGACCUUCCUAUCAUUGAGAGCAACACCCUCUGGACUCCCCCAGCAAAGAAGGUCGACAUUCCCAACCACGGACUUUGGGGAACAAAGACACCCCUGCCCGGCAUGUGGUCUCAACCCCCAGUCCUCCCCAAGGUCUCCUAUGGCCUCCCCCAGCCUGACCCUGAGACUUGGGCCACCUACCUCGUGGUGAUGGAUGAUGUCCCCCGAGUCAAGACCAGAGAGGCCGAGCCUGCCUCUGUUGAGAGCAGCAGCCUCUGGUCCAGCAAGCCCGUUAUCCCCGAGGUGCCAUCCGAGGAUGGUUUGUGGUCCGGAUCUAGCUCCGCAUCUUCUGCAAGCUCAGUGAGCGGCUCCGAGUCAUCUACCGGUACGCCGAGCGAGGCGGUCAAUUUUGGAUUGUGGGAGCCCACUCCCGCUAUCAUUGCGGACGAAGAGCCGACCGGCCUCUUUAGCCUCAGCCACCGUCGCACCGAAUACCGCACCACCGACAAGGCUCCGGCGGCUCUCGAAAUGCGCCCUCCCCGACGACCUCUGGAGGCGUACCCCGACUUUGGAUUUACUCAUCUCUGGAACAUGGCCCCUCUCUGGGAUGCCAAGGCCAAUGCCUCGGCUGUUGAGCUCCAGCGCGAAUUGGACGGCCUCGUUCUGGAGGGGCUAUUCAGCCUGAAGCACCGCCGGAACAAUUUCCGUACUACUUCCGAACCCCCCGCUGCUCUGGAGACCAGACCCAAGAUGCGCAUCUCGCAGGAGCCUCUGCCGACGCUCAGCUCAGAUAGCCUCUGGUCUGUGCGCGCACCGGCCGAGACAUCGGUCGAGCUCGACUGGAUGGCUCUAUCGACAGUCCGCCCGAGAACCACGUCUGUCGCUUCAGAGGAUUCGCUCAUCUCGAUGCCUCCUCUCACCAGAGCUUCCUCUAUCAAGUCGGACAAGAGCGUCCGUCGCAUCGACGCAACUCCCGCCGAAUGGCUCGCUGCCCUGGACGAUGCCAUCCGUGCCAGUGGACCCUCGGACAAGGGUGCCAUGGACCUGGACCCCAGCGAGACCAACUACCAGCUCUGGUCCAAGUCGGAUGAAGAGCCGCUCAUCAUGGCGUCGGAUUCCGAUGAGCUGUGGAAGCCGACUUCCAUCCCAACCCCUCGUUUCCUCGAGUUGACCCCUUCUCUUCGAGACUACGAUAAGAAGCACGCCGAGUCGGGCACGUCGCACCGUGGUCGCACACUGGCAAAGUCGCGCCCGCCGCCCCCAAUCUACCCCGGUUCAUCUACCUCGGCCUUUCUCCCUGCCGCCAGCGACACGCCCCGCGACUUUGCGUCGCAGGGACUCUGGGCUCGCGGUCAAUCCCCGGCUGGAUCGCGUGAGGAUGGAUCCUGGCUGGACAAGUCUCUUAGAAAGAGCUUGUCGUUUGUACAGCUGUGGUAGUCAAGUCAAAUUGUGACGUGAUGAUAACGAUUCGGACAUUAAUUUGGGCAUGGCAUGGCAAGGUUGGACAAUGGUUACGGACAUUGAUUAGCGAUGGGUCACAAGUUGGACCAGAAAUCUCGUGGUUUGGUUUCUUAUCUCGGGCGUUGGUUGGUGUAUACCACUUUGAAAAUUAGCAAGCGUAAAAAAAAGCAUUUUUGAUUUGUCGCCA